AUGGCUCUCUGUUUCUUUGACCAACUCAGAGUUCAGCCUUCAUGGCUUCUUGUGCUUUUCACUUUGGGUUCUCUUUCACUUUUGAAAUUUCUUUUCGUUUCUCUCAGAUGGGUCUACGUUUGUUUCCUCAGACCUGCUAAGAAUCUCAAGAAAUACGGAUCAUGGGCUCUCGUUACGGGACCCACUGACGGUAUUGGCAAAGGAUUCGCUUUCCAAUUGGCUCGAAAGGGUCUCAAUCUAAUCUUGGUGGGCAGGAAUCCUGAUAAACUCAAAGAUGUGUCGAGUUCAAUUCAGUCCAAGUACAGUUCUGUUCAAAUCAAGAACGUUGUUGUUGAUUUCAGUGGCGAUAUUGACGAGGGUGUUCAAAAGAUCAAGGAGACUAUCGAAGGAUUGGAUGUUGGUGUCUUAAUUAAUAAUGUUGGGGUUUCGUAUCCUUAUGCGAGGUUCUUUCAUGAGGUUGAUGAGCAGUUGUUGAAGAAUUUGAUUAAAGUGAAUGUUGAAGGCACUACUAAAGUUACACAAGCUGUAUUACCUGGGAUGUUGAAGAGGAAGAAAGGUGCUAUUGUUAAUAUUGGUUCUGGUGCUGCCAUUGUAAUUCCUUCUGAUCCUCUUUAUGCUGUUUAUGCUGCUACUAAAGCGUAUAUUGAUCAAUUCUCAAGAUGCAUUUAUGUUGAAUACAAGAAAAGUGGGAUUGAUGUGCAGUGUCAGGUUCCGCUUUACGUUGCAACAAAGAUGGCAUCAAUAAAGAGAUCUUCCUUUUGGGUUCCAUCAACAGACAGUUAUGCCCGAGCAGGUCUGCGUGCUAUAGGCUAUGAGCCUCGCUGCACACCUUACUGGCCCCAUUCCCUUCUUUGGGGCUUGAUACAAUUUUUGCCAGAAUCAAUCGUUGAUUCAUGGCGGCUAGGUUUUUGCCUUGGGAUUCGAAAGAGAGGACAGCUCAAAGAUUCAAGAAAGAUGGAAUGA